AUGCCAGAAUCAAAUACACUUUCUGUUUUGGUUGUUGUGGGUGUUGGAGGAAUGGGAUUAACUAUAGCGCGAUUGCUCAGCCGAGACAAAUUCGUGUUUCUAGUUAAUUUCAACCAGGCAAACCUAGAUACAGCUUCAGCAGCACUUCAGGCUAUGGGCCGAGAAUGCGAGACCUACAAGCUAGAUGUUUGCAAAUACAACAGCGUUGUUGAAUUCGCUGCUAGUACUGGUAAAGUAGGCCAUGUUAACGCCAUCAUUCACACCGCUGGUGUAUCGCCUGUCCAAGCAAGUGCGAAAGUCAUCUACGAAGUUGAUCUUGUUGGGAUGGCCAAUUUCUUAAGACUGAAUGGAAAAACACCGAGCCACAGCUAUACAAGAAGAACUGCUCAAACAUGCGGUCUUAGAUUCGAACCUUCAAUAAAUGAGGCAUACACAAUUACAAAGAAAGGAAAACUGCUUCGUGCACAGGCUGCUACAAGCAUGUAUGGAAGUAAAGGGGCAGGAUCAUAUGAGGCAGAUGAUCAAAGACUCGGCAGCUGGGCGAGCUGGUGA